GCCUUGCUCACCGCUUUUUUAUGCGAUGGUGUAGGGUGUACCAAGCCGAAUAGAGAGAGUUGCGACAUAAGGCUCGCACUGUUUGAAACUAGUAAAAAGGGCGCAUUAUACAUCAGCGCACAUAAUUCGUACCAUAGUCGCACGCUGCACUGUAUGAACGGCCAUUAUGGCUCAACAGUCUGAAGUUGUCGCAAUUAACUCUCUCUUUUAUACGGCUCUGAGAAUAUCUUUGUGUGGUAUCUUAGCUCCACUUUUUAUGUACCUCUGCCUUUUCAUGUCCGAGUUUCUUGCAUAGGCGCGUUCUCUUCUACAAACUGUGGUUGAAUUGCCAGACAAAGUGACUCCCUUUUAACACUAGACACCAGUCAUAAUGGCUGCAAGCUACGACAUCGUCAUAUUUGCCUUAGUGUUUUCGUUCUCGGUCUUGGCUGUGCUGGCAAAUCUUAUGGUGAUGGUGGUCAUCGCUAGAACCAGCCAUCUCCGGAUCAAGUACUACGCAUUCGUCUACAAUCUCAUCUUGGCCGAUCUGGGAUUUGCAGUCAUGGGCUCGAUCUAUCCCUGGAACUACAUGAACUCCACUAUCGAGGACCUGUUGCAGAUAUUCUCCACGGUCAAUGCCCUGACGGUUCUUGCUGUAGCCAUCAACCGCUACCUGGCCAUGUCCCUGACACCGCCAUCGCGCUAUGACGCGCUGGUGACGCCAGUUCGUUUGUUCGUCGCAUGUUUACUCAUGUGGUGUUUCGCCAUCGGCAUCACCAUCCCCCAGAUGUUCACCGCCGACAUCAACAGUUACAAUGUCUUUCAUGCGGUGGUUCGGUCUUUGUUAAUUAUCAUCAUCUGGCUGAUCACUGCGUUGGUGUACGUCGUGGUGUUUCGUAAAAUCAAGCGAUACAAACCGCCCCUUGCGGACAGUGCGCCGAUCGAUCCCAGCAGCGAGCAAAGCCACAGUACUCGAUACCGUCAGACGCGCCGUCUUCUGGUCACUUUCUCUAUCAUCACUGCCGCGUCCCUCGUUUGCUGGAUUCCUGCUAACGUCAAUAUCUUAAUUCUCUACUUCAAACAAGAUAUCCUCCGGGUGAUGCCGGGGUUCAGGGUUUACUACGGCGUCGCACUUUUCGUGUAUUCUCUGAACACCCUUGUGGAUCCGUUGAUUUACUGGUGGCGUCUUGAUGAUUUUAGAGAGGCACUCUGCGCAGUAGUCUGUUGCUGCCGUCGCAAAUCUCGAUCAAGUGAAGUCGAGACAGGAGUGGAUAACGAGGUGACGAUCAAAGACACAGCACUGUAAAUCCCCGUUCACAGGAACUGUAGACAAAGCAUUUAGCAUAGGAUACUUUGAGUGAGAUACUGUGAUAUUAGCCGUUUUACAGACCGCCAUAGUGAAUUAUUAACAAUAUUAAAGAUAAUUAUGAUUGGCACAACGGGCCUUAUGCACGAGUCGGCCAUGUUGAAUUGAAAGUGAGGAAAAAUCUUAAUUUUUGGAACUUGCGAACAAAAACUACACUGUUAUUACCUACUGCACCUCAUGCAACUGUGCAUUAUAGCACAUUUUUGUCCCAAAAUCAUUAACACUUGAGGCUCAAGCGCACGAGGUGUAAGGAAGUUACGAGUUAUGUAUCGCAUGGUGUACUAGCUUGUAGCACAUGGGGUGACAGUCGGCUCAACCUCAGGUGUGUUUUUUACCCAACGUUGACACUUCACGUGCAUCAACUUGUUCGAUUCACGUGCAUGACGUGGAGUCACUAUUUUUACAGUGUAAAGCAAGUCAAAUACUAAUUAAUUCCAGUCUGAUUCAAUGAAUACGUUAACAUUUUUGAUGAAACACCUCCCCAACGUUUAAAGGCAGAUUAAAAUAAUGAAUGACAGUAAAAAAAAAAAGAAAAAAAAAGACUGCAUUAUGUCUGCAUAAGUAGUCUGUCGCCAUCCCAUUCAACAGUUCAUCAAUUAAUGAAAUACAUUCAGGGAACUCGACAAAGAGGGCCAACUGUACAUAAGGCACACAGAGUGUGUAUAUAUGACCUCAUGGAAAACCUGCGAGAUUUCACGAGAAUACAGCACAUCCGGGCACCAAGAAACGCCAUCUUGUGCUUGUGCUUGUGAAACGCCAUCUUUUUCUUUGUAUUUAUUUUUUGUCCUGACUGGGCCCAUGCAAUCAAGGGCAAUAUACAUUGGUACUUCGAAAGAAAAAGUACAAUUUACAGUGUACAAAAAUGCAAAUUGAUGACUAGUAUAUAUAAAAUUAAAAAUGUUGACCUCAAGUGUUACGUUCAUGUGUCAUUUAAUUACAUGUAUUUUAAUGGUUUUUUUUAUUUUGGGGCAUGUCUGUGUGGUCGUUUAAUACGAAACUCAAACUCUGCUACCAGACUCGAGUCUGAUUAUUACUAACACACAGUGGUAACUUGGGUUUUUUUUUCUUUCAAUUUUUAGAAUCCAAACAUUUAAUUUGAUAAUGGCCUUUGUAGUAUCCACACAUUUACUUUGCUAAUGGCAUUGCAGUACCCGCACAUGAUUGUAGGUCUACUUUGCUAAUGGCAUUUCAGGAGCACCAUACGUUGUGAAUGACCUGUAUGCAAAU